AUGUCGCACUACCUGAAAGAUGCCCCUUCUGUGCGAGCACCUAUCCCGAGACUUAGCAUGCGUCGGUCAAGCAAAGCCAACAAGGUUGUGCAACACUUCACCAUCGAGGAAUACCAAGAUGAACUCGCCUACUGCUCCAAGAAGUUGGGAGAAAUGAUGGCAUGUGGUAUGGAUUUGCAAGCAGAUGCCAAUGCGAAGCUUUUGAAGAUCAACCAAGAGCGUCGGGCUAACGGAUACCCUCCCAUAAAUGCGUUUGUCUAUGGAGACGACAUGACCGGAGUGUUCUGGGUGAUGUACCAGUUGGAAGAUGGAAGCAGAUUGAUGUUCCCAUUCACCAACGAUUUCCCUGAUCCCUCGAUGUAUCAUCGACUUUUCAAGCUGAAGCUGAUCAUGCCGGAUCCCUUCACUGAAGCUCACAAGACUACCCGGUUCUGUGAAAUUUGGGAAUUCAACGAGGAUGAGUACAUCAAUCGGUACCAUCGAUGGUUGGGCGAUGUUGACUUGCUCACCGAGGAGGUCGAAGGAUCCAGCACGGGCAGUGAUGAGGUCAACAUGGGUGGUAUUAACCUUCGCAGAAUGGAGCGUCUUAUUGACAAUGAAGCUUCGUCCCCUGAAGACUCGCCUUUAGCAGUGAGGCCUCUCCAGAGGUUCACCAAGGAAGAUUUCGAACCUGUCAUUGACAAUGACUCAGGUACCAGUGAAGUCCCAGCGAUUGCCGGGUUCGAGGACCGAAAGCCUUCGGCCUUGUCACCAGUGAUUGAUAAUUCCAGAUACGCGAAGAUUGAUGGAGAGAUUGACGAGAUCUUGUGUCGUCCUUUCAUGACUGAGCCAAAAGACACCGAUAGUACUGAAGGCAGCAGCUCUGAGGAGAGCACCGCCGAUGAUGAUACUGAAGACACGGUCGAAGACACUGCUACGAACCCAGCCAAAAACAUUGCUGAGUACACUGUUGCCGAUACGUCUGUCGUGACUGAAGAUAAUGCCACUGAAGAGGAUUGCACUGAAGAAGAGAGCCCCAAGAAGAAGCAGAAGACGUCCGAGGAUGGCGAGGAAACAAACAGCGAGGAAGAAGGAAGCAUUGACGAAGAAGCCACCAUCGACAGGGAGGAAGAUGAUGACAAUGACGAAAAUGAUGAAGGCGACAAUUAUGACACAAGCAAUGGACCCAUUCUUCUUUCAACUGGCAGCUGGUCGUACUAG